AUGAGUACUCAGCCACUAAUUGAUAAUGUUCAAAUGAAAACCUAUACUCAAGAAAAAGAUGCAGAAUCUGAAGAUGUUUCAUCUGUGCAUAUAGAUGUUGACGACAUGCCCCAUGUUAUGGGUUUACGUCCGGCUCCACCAAGGCAAGAGCUGAAUUUGCCAACUAUUGAAGCCUUAGAAUCCUUCAAGAAACAUAGAAUGUGCUCUGUUAGCAACAUUAUUUGGUCAAUCUUUAUUGGUUGGUGGGUUGCUAUCGCAUUUGUUGUUGUUGGUAUUCUAUUUUUCCUCACAGGCUUCUUCUAUAGACACGGAAUCUUUUGUUUCAGAGCUGCCUACUUCAUUGUCUUCCCAUUUGGCAAAAUUGCUCAUACAAAGACUACUUCAAGAUGUCAUUUCCUUGCAAGGGGCUUAUGGUGUCUUUUCCUGCCAAUAUAUGGAAUUAUCUCCCUUUUGGGUGCAGUAAUUUCAUGGGAAUUUGUGUAUUAUAUCCCAAUGGCAAAAACAUUAUGGAAAUUAGUGACUGUUUGCCUUAAAGAGAACCCAGAAAACAUCGAAUUCACAUAUGCAACAGACAAGAAGGCAUCAAUUCCAUUGAUAUUAUGCAGUCAAAGUGGUUCUUGGUACUACUUCAAAUUCACUGUCUACGGAUUUGAAGUUAUCUACUUGAAUUUCAUCCCAUUCGUUUUCUUAUCAUUACUUGUUGGUUUUGUCAACUUCGGACAUACAGGAUUGGGUGAUCCAAUCCUUGGAUCCGUUUUUGCUCUUUUCGGAGCUAUGCCAGCAGCUUAUUUCAUCGGUGUUUGUGUCGAUGACUUGUCUAAGACACUUGGUAUCAUCAUUGGUUCAAUUCUUUGCUCAGUCUUCUUGGCAUUGAUUGAAUUAAUUUUGUAUUACUUCUCUCUUAAGACAGGAAUGGUUGAUAUCACACGUGCAGCCAUUACUGGUGCCUUCUUAAUGAACCUUUUGAUCAUUCCAGGCGUUGCGAUGCUUGCUGCCGGUAUCAAAUGGAAAGAAACAGUUUUGAACAGGAAAGCACAAUCAAUCGGUGGCUAUUUCCUUCUCCUUGCCAUCAUUUCUAUGCUCUUCCCUUCAGUUUUCUAUCACAUUCACGGAGGAAGCUCAUAUAAAUGCGAUCAAUGCACAUUAAACGGAACAGCGCCAAAUCAAACAUUCAAUUGCGAUUACUGCACAAACAAAGAAAUCAAAAACAUCGUUGAUGACCCCGUUUACAAGAAAUUCGGUGCUCCAUUACAAUAUACCAUGUCAAUUCUAAUGCCAGCAAUUUACAUUAUCUCAUUUAUGUUCUCUGUACGUACUCACGCUCACAUCUACGUCGUAGAACAUGACGGAGAACACGAAAAAGGAAUGUCAACCGUUGUUGCCAUUGUUAUUCUAUGUAUUGCCACUGUCACCUUCUCAUUGAUGGCACACGUUAUGACAGAUAAGAUGCCAGAAGCCUUAGAAAAGCUCCAUUUGUCUGAAAGAUUUGUCGGAUUAAUUUUCUACACUUUGAUUCCAAAUGCUGCUGAAUAUAUCAAUGCCAUUAAGUUUGCAUUGAAUGGAAACAUCGGUCUUUCUAUGGAAAUUGGCAACCAAGGUGCUAUUUUGACUUCAUUGGUUGAAAUGCCAGCACUUAUGCUCAUUUCUCUCAUCCUUUACAAGACAAAACAAACCAAAGUCAUGUUCACCCUUAUCUUCCCACUCAUCGACAUUUUCAGUAUCGUUACAGCUGUUUUCCUUAGAAACGCUAUUUUAAUGGAAAAGAAGAUUAACUACUCUACGGGCUUAUCUUUCCUUAUUAUCUUUACCUUAAUCUCUGUUGUUUACUACUUCGAAAACUUCUAA